UUGACGCUAACAAAAUUCAAAUCAAAAGGUUUCUUAUUGUCUGGGUGAGAAGAGCCAUUUCUUUUUAUAAUAUUUUUCUAUUUGGUCUUUUUCGAAAAAGUUAUAUGCAAAUUAAAAGUCCUAUUCUUUCUGAUUUAUAUUAAAUUGGAUUAGGCCAACAAAAUUCUUCAAUUGGAAUUACUAUGGCUAGCACAUUGCUUAAAGUCUCAUCACCCAAAACCUUGCAAUUUUCAAAAACGAAAAACACUCAAGAAAUCACCAUAACCAAUGUCUCCAAAAUGGAUGUUACCUUUAAGCUACAAAGCACCGUCUUUGGCCGGUUUAGCUUGCGUCCCCGCUGGGGUGUCCUGAAGCCAAAUGAUUGCAUCAAUGUCCUUAUCACCAUGUGCAAGGAUGCGGAGCUCUCGAAAAAGGGACGCGACAAGAUUCUGGUCAUCUGCAUGCCGGCGCCCAUCAGUGAGGUGGACUUUGAUUACACCGCCUCCUUUUGGCGCCACAAUAUCUGUUACGAUCCCAAUGUGGAGAAGCAUCAGCUCACCUGCUUGCCGGAGAACAAUGACGACAGCUCCACGGCAGGGGAUUGUGUGAAGGAUUCCAAGGAGGCGAGUCUGCUCAGAGAACGCACUGUGGCCAAGCACUGGCGGUAGGGUGUCAAUUAUCUACCAGCCAAAAACUGUUUGGGGUCCCCUAAUGGCUGCAAUGACUAAGUAAUUGGUUUGGCAGACCCACCCACUCACUCACUACCUGGGCUCUUGGCCUGUCCUGGCCCUCUUUACAUUGUUGAUGAUGAGCCUCCAUUAAAAACCGACAGUGAGAGGAGCAUCAAGUGGUCCGAAGGAUGCUCAAGCACACAUCCUGGCAGCCUCAUCGAGUGACUGAUAAAAAGGCGUAAACUGUUCGCAUUUUGGCCAAAGACUCCUGGGGGCAUCCUUCACUGGCAAUUAGGAAGACGUUAACGAAGGCUUUUGAACCCCGGAUAUAUUCACAUCGAUUGACAUUCUGGUGGCGGGUCAAAACACAACAAAGGUUGUCCGGCAAUUAACCAAACAACAAAAUUUUGUAACCCAAAACCUUGAGCAAUUAAAGGACCAAGUAUUGUCAA